UCAGAGCUGCUUCUGCACUUUGCAUAUUUCAAACCUUAGCAACUAUAAGUGGCACUAAAAUGUGAUAAAAGUGAUAGGUCAUCAGUCGCGAUACAAAAGGAGUCUAUUUCUCUCCAGCGUUGAGCAUUUCUGGGCACUGCAUGUCGCACUGGUUGUCCACAUUGUUGCUGAUGAAAUGAUGUCUCCCACUUGUAGAAGGUCUGGUUCCGUGCGUGCUCGGGUGACCACAGGAAACUGCGUUGAAAGGAUUGGGAAGAUUGCUCGGUUUGUAACGCUGUUAUUGAUUUUUGCUGUUUGGAUAGAGCUUGCUGCGGCUCACGGCGGUGCAGCUGAUGAAGCAACACCGGAAGACGGACCUCCGCCGAACUUGCGGGCGAAGGGCCUGAUUCUUGUGAAGGUGUAUUGCCUGAUAAUCGUGUUUUUUGUGACGCUGUUGGGUGGAAUCUCGCCCUACUUCGUUCCAUGGAACGCUUCGUUUUUGGUGCUGGGAACUCAGUAUGCCGCAGGUGUAUUUCUGACGACUGCGUUGCUACAUUUCCUGAGCGACGCGCACAACAUCUUUCAAGCGCUUACUACCAAACAGUAUGCGUUUGCGGAGAUGCUUGCCAUUGCAGGCUAUUUGAUCACACUGUUUGGCGACCUCAUCAUCCAGCGGCUGAUCCUCCGCGGUGCUCGUUCGUCUGCGCAGCUAGGUUCUUUGGACGGCGAAAAGGAUGGGGCUGCGAAAUUAGAUGAGAAGGGUCGGGCAGAAGUGAAUGCGACGCUGUUACAUCGAGCUUCAUUUGGAGAUACUCUGCUGCUCAUUCUGGCCCUGUGUUUCCACUCUGUCUUUGAAGGCAUUGCCAUCGGCGUUUCAGUGACGAAGCAGGACGCAUGGAAAGCCUUUUGGACAAUUACUCUUCACAAAGUAUUCGCAGCCAUUGCCAUGGGUAUCGCACUCUUGCGCAUGCUGCCAAAUCGGCCACUCCUGUCGUGCUUCUGCUAUUCUUUUGCAUUCGCCAUCUCCACUCCAAUCGGUAUUGCAAUCGGCAUCAUCAUUGAUGCCACUACAGAAGGCGCUGUGGCAGACUGGAUUUAUGCGAUUGCCAUGGGGUUAGCCACGGGAGUGUUCAUCUAUGUGGCCAUCAACCAUCUGCUUGGCAAGGAGUACAUGCCUUCCAAAACUUCUGUGGAACAGCCCUUCAAGAAAUUCAUUGCCCUUACCUUGGGAGCUGCAACCAUGGCUAUUGUCAUGAUCUGGGAUGCUUGACUUUCUAUUUCGCUUGACUUCUAUUUCACUUGAUAAGAGACAGUUUAACCAUCUUCAUAGUGGUGCAUGUUCUCAAAUAUUGUUUCAUGUUCGCUGUACAGCGUGCUCAGAGGGAGAGCAUCACUGGUUAUUAGGGCUUUUGCGAUUCACAUCUGAGUGUUGACAACUUAGGCUCGAAGUACCAAACAAGGUAGCCGGCAGAUUGUCGUCAGGUUUUGUGCGUUGAUGCCUUUCCUGGAAUCGAAGCCAAUUCCAGUUGAUUGAAAGAUUAAACAGUUUCCUCAAUCCAUUUAAUGUAUUAAACAAAUCCACCUUAAUAUGGAAAAUUUGAUCUCAAUGACCAAAGCGGUGAUGUUUUUGAGACCAAGAUUUUUUUUUGUUUGUUU